UAAGAAGGAAGAAACAUGGAAAGGGGGAGGAAGACAGAAGGAAGAAAUGGAUGGGGAGAAUAUGGACGUGCACUUACUUCUCGGAGUCCAGGCAUCAUGGGAAAUCCGCAAAGUAGCUCUGUAUUCCUCAAUAUGGUCUUAGAAAUCAAGCAGAAGAUUGAGCUGCUGAUGUCAGUUAACUCUGAGAAGUCGUCCUCUUCAGAAAGGCCAGAGCCUCAGCAAAAAGUUCCCUCUGUACCUCCUCCGCCACCACCUCCGCCACCACCUCCACCUUUGCCAGAACCAGCCCCUCCAGAGCCAGAGGAGGAGAUUCUGGGUUCUGAUGAUGAAGAGCAAGAAGAUCCUGCAGAUUAUUGCAAAGGAGGCUAUCACCCAGUGAAAAUUGGAGAUCUAUUUAAUGGCCGAUAUCAUGUCAUCAGGAAAUUAGGAUGGGGACACUUCUCUACAGUCUGGCUAUGCUGGGAUAUGCAGGGAAAAAGGUUCGUUGCAAUGAAAGUAGUGAAAAGUGCUCAACAUUAUACAGAGACAGCCUUGGAUGAAAUAAAAUUGCUUAAAUGUGUUCGUGAAAGUGACCCUAAUGAUCCAAAUAAAGACAUGGUUGUACAGUUAAUUGAUGACUUCAAAAUUUCUGGCAUGAAUGGCAUACAUGUUUGUAUGGUUUUUGAAGUACUUGGACAUCACCUUUUAAAAUGGAUAAUCAAGUCCAACUAUCAGGGCCUUCCCAUCCGUUGUGUAAAAAGUAUAAUACGACAGGUAUUGCAGGGUUUAGAUUAUCUCCACAGCAAGUGUAAGAUCAUCCAUACGGACAUCAAACCAGAAAACAUCCUGAUGUGUGUGGACGACACCUAUGUACGUAGAAUGGCUGCAGAAGCAACAGAGUGGCAGAAAGCUGGUGCUCCUCCUCCUUCUGGCUCAGCAGUGAGUACUGCUCCACAACAGAAACCUAUUGGAAAAAUAUCAAAAAAUAAAAAGAAGAAACUGAAAAAAAAGCAAAAGAGGCAGGCUGAGCUUCUAGAAAAGCGUUUGCAGGAAAUAGAAGAGCUGGAGCGAGAAGCUGAGAGGAAAAAAAUAGAAGAAAAAGUAACCUCUGCUGUAUCAUCCAAUGAACAAGAGGAGGAAUACCACCCGGAAGUCAAGCUAAAAACUGUUGAGCUAGAAGAAGUUGCAGAUGAAGAACCUGGGAAUGAGGAUGGUAAGUGAAACAAAGAUCAGGAUGAAAAGGAAGACACAGAAAAGGAAAACACAGAAAAGAUGAUGACGUUGAACCGGAACUUGUCACAUCAGAGUCUGCAGAUCCCACUGGUAGAAUCCCCUAAAACAAAUGGUCACAUUAUAAAUGGCCCUUUCUUAUUGGACGAACAGAUUGAAGAUGAAGAGGAGGAAGAGGAGGAGUGCCCAAAUGCUGACAAUAUAAUCUUUGAUGAGCCAAAUGCAAAAGCGAUGAACAGUUACUAGAGCUCCUAUGAACAAUUUAAUGGUGAUUGCACAAACGGAUGUCAUAAAAUUGUCGAAUCACAGUUUUCUGAAUUCUCAGCUUCUGGUUCUCUGGAGCACAGAUGUUGUAGUUGUGGUUCAGCUGUUUCUGAAGAAUCAACUGUUACUGAAAGAGAGGGAAGUACUCCAUCCCAUGAUAGGAGCAGGACAGUUUCAGCAUCUAGUACUGGAGACUUGCCAAAAACAAAAACACGUGCUGCUGACUUACUGGUGAAUCCUCUGGAUCCAAGAAAUGCAGAUAAAAUUAGAGUCAAAAUUGCUGACUUGGGAAAUGCUUGCUGGGUGCAUAAACAUUUCACAGAAGACAUCCAGACACGGCAAUACAGAUCCAUAGAAGUUUUGAUAGGAGCUGGUUACAGUACACCUGCUGAUAUCUGGAGUACGGCAUGUAUGGCGUUUGAGCUUGCGACUGGCGAUUAUCUAUUUGAACCACAUUCUGGUGAAGACUAUUCCAGAGAUGAGGACCACAUAGCACACAUCAUAGAGCUGCUAGGCAAUAUCCCAAGGCACUUUGCUCUAUCUGGAAAAUAUUCUCGGGAAUUCUUCAAUCGCAGAGAUCACAUAGCAUUGAUCAUUGAACUGCUGGGAAAAAUCCCUCGAAAAUACGCUAUGUUGGGGAAAUAUUCCAAGGAGUUUUUCACCAAAAAAGGCGAACUUAGACACAUUACCAAACUGAAACCUUGGAGCCUCUUUGAUGUUCUGGUGGAGAAGUAUGGCUGGCCUCAGGAAGACGCGGCAGAGUUUACAGAUUUCCUGAUUCCUAUGUUAGAAAUGGUUCCAGAGAAACGGGCCUCAGCUGGUGAAUGCCUCAGGCACCCUUGGUUGAAUUCUUAGCAAAAUCUACAGAUAUAACACAGGGCCAGCACCCCCUUUCCCUUACAUCAGACUUAAAUGGUGACUGUCACAAAUUCUCUUAACAGGAUCAUAAAUGACCUGGUGUUAACUCCAGACUUUUUUUUUUUCCCUUUUAUGCUUUGAGGUACUGUUUGACAUUUUGCUUUUCGUGCACUGUGUUCUUGGGAGGAGGAAUAGUCUUUUUGUCUUCAGCUAGUAGUUUUACUGACUCUGCAGAAAACACCUACUAAUGUGUCUUUAAGCAUUGUUUCUUGUGUUGUGUGGCAUUCAGACAUCAACUUUUUGAACAAAUCAUCCUUUAUUCUCCCCUCAUGUGUUUUGGCAGGUUUUGUAACUAUUUAUGGAAAAUAUUUUAGCUGAGUAUUAUAUAAUUUACAAGUGUGAGACAUUUAUCAAGUCAGAAUUGAGAAAAUGUACAAUUUUAUCUUUGGGAAAAGGGACAUUGUUCUUGUAAAAUAGUGUAUGUAAAUGCACCCUGUAAAUGUUUAUUUCCAUUAAAAAUGGGAUGGGGACACAAAUGUCAAGAGUAAAGCUACUAAAUUGAGAGUGACUUGUAGUAUACAAAAUGCAUGUAGAGGAUUUCAAACUGCUUCAGGAAUUGCCUAAACUUUCCUUGCAGUAGCAGUGCCCCUAUUGGAUUUGGAAAGGACCUGGCUCUGAUUUACAAGAUUGCAUUCUCCAGGAAGCACUUUAAAGGAAGGCUGAGUCUUCAAAGGAUAAAUAUAUAUCUAAUUUUAAAUGCUUUUAAGGAGGUGUCAUUUGCUUUACCAUUGGGAGGGGAUGGCAUGGUAAGAGGGCGCUGCUUUUUCUUCAUAUGGAUGUGCUAGGCACAAAAAUUCAAAGAGAGUGUGGGCAGCAUUUUUUUGUGCAGAUUAACCUUGGAUGAAAAAAAGUGCUCCACUUAAGGAAAAGGAAGAAUACAAUUGAUGCAAAAUUUACUUUACAAUGAAAGACCGUGCACCUUCCAUACAUAGCUUUACAUGUUUCUAAAACAAAUUGCACUAGCUUCUUUUUUUCCCCAUAAAUUGACAUAUUGAGGAACUAUUUUCCUCUGUAAGUUGCACACAAAAUUUUAAGUGUUUUCGUAUUAAAAAAAAAAAGCUAAGUAGAUUCCAAAAGAGAACUCAUAGGCAAUACAGAUUUUAGAAUGUAAAAUAUGGAGGUGUAUUUUAGCCUCUUUUAGAAGUCAUUGGAAUGAAUGUAAAUUUAUUUCUUGGUUUUACACAUUAAUUAUGGUGCCACUUUUUCUUGACUUUGUCCAUUUUAAAUUUAUUCACAUGCCUUUGCAAUACCUAGAUUGUGAGAAAAAAAAACCUGUGUUGUAACAAAUAACCAAUUGUUUGAGGUGCUUGCAGUUGUCUAAUUAAAGUGGUUGUUUUUUCAUAA